GGGAAGAGAAAAGUCUUCCACUCUCCCUAAAAAGCUUUGCAAGUUUUAAAGCAAACACAAAACCAGAGCUUGCUAUCUUUGUUUUGUGUGUUUGUGUCUCUUAAGGUAUGCUUCUUUCGUUCUAACAUAGUCCUUGUUUUCUCCUCUUCCUCUUCGUGUUGAUGUUUCUUUUAGUUUGAGUUUAAAAAUUGAACCUUUAUUAGUUCCUGAAACUGUUGUGUGUUUUCCUUGGUUGCCAAGAAAAAUUCUGAAAAUGAUGCGUUUUGGCUUGAGAGAUUUGAUUGAUAUGAAGAAAAAUCAUGUGAACCAUGUUAAAAAUAUACGCUUUUUCUCUCCCCAACAAAGAAACAAAGGACAGGUUGUAUAUGCUAUUUUGUUUCUGUUUGCAACCAUUUCUCGUUUCCUAGCUUUGCUGGAUUCGUGCUAAUUUUUAUAGUUAUUGGUAACUAACUAUAAAUAACUGAAAGAAUGAACCUUUGUCAAUUAUACGUAUGCUUUUUGCAAAUUUAUUGGUGAUUACAUGUUUCUGUAACUUUCUAAGCUGUGUUUGUUUGCUCAACAGUCAUCUGCAUCAACAAAAUGCGGAGAAUCUGCCCCUUAGUUUUUAUUUAUUUGUUUUUCAUUUUUGUUAUCUUAGAUUGUGUUUUAUGUGCUUUAAAUUUGAAACAUCAUGUUUGGUGCAAUAGGGUUUGAACCUGUUCUCUCUUGUGAUUUUUCAGAUUCUAUUGAGGCCUUAGGGGUACAUAUCUCCAUGUGCGGUGUUUCCAAGAGGAAACCUUCUCAAACUGGUUUGGUGAUGGAGGGUGAGUAUGGAAAAGAAGAGUUGCAUCAUAAAAUUUCUGCUUUGCUUGAAUUUUCAGCUGCAGAUGAUGUAAUUGGUUUCAAAGAUGCGGUUGAAAAGAAGGGUUGUGAUGUGGAUGAGGUAGGCUUGUGGUACGGAAGGCGUGUUGGCUCAAAGAAAAUAGGUUAUGAAGAGAGGACACCUCUCAUGAUUGCUGCUAUGUUUGGAAGCCUUGGUGUGUCAAAUUAUAUUCUUGAAACAGGUCAUGUUGAUGUUAACCGGGCUAGUGGUUCAGAUGGAGCCACUGCUCUUCAUUGUGCGGUUGCUGGGGGUUCUGCUGCUUCUGUUGAGGUUGCCAAGCUUUUGCUUGAUGCAUCUGCUGAUGCCAGUGCUGUUGAUGCCAAUGGUAAUCGACCCCUUGACUUGAUUGUUUCUGUGGCUAAUUCUAUGUUCACUCCUAGGACAAGGAUGGUACAAGCUCUACUGGAGGGUACAGGUGGUGCUGAUCAGGCAUGUCUUGCACUUCCAGAAGUGAUUGAUCGAAUUGAGGAACAAAGACAAUAUAUUAGCACACCUCGUGUUUCUGAGAAGAAAGAUUAUCCUGUUGAUCUCUCCCUUCCAGACAUAAAGAAUGGGAUAUAUAGUACUGACGAAUUUAGGAUGUAUUCAUUCAAAGUGAAGCCUUGUUCAAGGGCUUAUUCUCAUGAUUGGACUGAGUGCCCCUUUGUUCAUCCAGGGGAAAAUGCAAGGCGGCGUGAUCCAAGGAAAUAUCAUUAUAGCUGUGUCCCUUGUCCUGAAUUUCGGAAGGGAUCUUGUAGCAAGGGUGAUGCCUGUGAGUAUGCACAUGGUAUUUUUGAGUGCUGGCUUCACCCUGCCCAAUAUCGUACACGGCUUUGCAAGGAUGAAAGUGGAUGCACACGCAGGGUUUGCUUCUUUGCUCACAAGCCUGAGGAGCUGCGCCCCUUGUAUGCUUCUACAGGUUCUGCUAUUCCUUCUCCUAGAUCAUAUUCUGCUAGUGCUUCUGUGUUGGAGAUGGGUUCAGUUAGCCCAAUUGCACUUGGUUCUCCAUCUGUAUUGAUACCUCCUUCCUCAACACCACCUUUGACUCCAUCUGGAGCAUCUUCUCCUGUUGCUGGAGCCAUGUGGUCUCAAUGUAAUGUUUCGGUUCCUACACUGCAGCUGCCCAAAAGCAGAUUGAAGUCUGCAUCAACUGCUAGAGAUAUUGAUUUAGAUAUGGAAAUGCUUGGACGAGAAACUCAUCGACGCAGACAACAACUAAUGAUGGAUGAGAUAUCUGGUGUUUCCUCUCCUUCCAACUGGAAAAAUUCCAUGCCUAAUAGUCCAUCUUUUUCCGUUUCUUUGGGCGAUCAUUCUGGUGAAUUAAAUAGGCUUUCGGGGGUGAAGCCUACUAACCUUGAAGACAUCUUUGGAUCUCUCGAUCCAUCAAUGUUGCAGAAAUUCCAUGGAAUCUCGCUUGAUGUUGCAGGAUCUCAGUUACAAUCUCCAACCGGAAUCCAGAUGCGUCAAAGUGUGAACCAGCAGCUAGGAAGCUAUUCUUCUGGCCUUUCCACUUCAAAUGUGAUUGGAUCGCGGUCCUUUAGAAUUGAUCCAUCUGGGGAUGCAGCCACAGUGGCUUUGAAUCCAAGAGCUGCUGCCUUUGCAAAGCGGAGCCAAAGCUUUAUUGAGCGUAGUGUGGUGAACCAUCAUUCUGAGCUUCCUUCUCCUGCUACCUCUGUAGCUGCAAAGCCUUCUACCUUCUCUGAUUGGGGCUCCCCUGAUGGAAAAUUAGAUUGGACCAUAAAUGGAGAAGAGCUGAAUAAGCUGAGGAAGUGUGCUUCUUUUGGAUUUCGUAACGGCAAUAGUCCUUUAACCAUGGCUAAAACCAAAGUGCCUGCAAAUGUUGACGAGCCAGAUGUCUCUUGGGUUCACUCACUUGUGAAGGAUGCUCCACUGGAAUCUGGUGAGUACGGUGUUGAAGAUCAGCAAAAACAACUGCAGUGCCACCUUAACAAUGGAACAGAUGCGAUUCCAGCAUGGUUGGAGCAAAUGUACAUUGAGCAGGAGCAAAUGGUGGCGUGAAAGCAAUUUCAAGACUUGCGUUGGCUUCUUCUUGCAACUCAAAAGUUUAUUAUUUGAUGAUUUUUUGAAUUUUAUAGAACUUAGUUAGAUGACAAUUUGUAAAAGGAUGGUAAAAUAGUCUACCAAGGCUAGGAUACAGAAGUUGGGCAGGAUGCAAGUUUUCUGCUUCAGUAACUACCCAUUACUAUGUUAUAAUUGAUUCCAUUUUUUUCACCGAUCUUUUUCAUUAUAUGUUCUAUCGAGUUGUAAGUUGUAACUUUUCAUUGACAGAAUUACCACCAAAAGUAGCGGGGAUAAUGUAAUCAACAUAAUGAGAUUGGAGAUGUAAUGAUAUAAAAAAUUCCAAUUUUCAAUUUGCAUAUCAUGUAUUAUAGCCUUUUCAUUUGGUUCUCACAGAUUUAGUUUCUUUAAUGUUUUGUUGUGUUUGCUGUCAGUUAUCAUUAUUGCAGCAGCUGAAUAGGUUACCGUGUUUGUUUUGACGUUUGAACAUGUUCUUUAUGCUUUCAAAUGGAGAAGCAAUAAUGUGUUACUGUGGGAUAAAUGAAAGUUUGAGUGCUAGCUGGUCAACUUUGGCGACUUUUAUUUUUCCCAUUAGCCAUACACGAAUGUUUAAAUGGGUCCAAUCUAGUUAUAGCGUAGGUGAGCUAACGUAGGCUUAUUUAAAUGCUGCUAUACUAUAUAUGCCACUUGUAGUUUGUAGGUGUAACACUACUUUUUAGAUUUACUUCUUCUUUAAUGUCUGGGAUUCAUCAAGUCUCGUGUAAGCUGUAAUAAACAGAGUGUAUAUUUGGAUGAACAUUUAUAAAAUUUAGUUUA